UCCCCAUCCAGCCCGAGCAGCGGACAUUAGACCGGAGGAGCUCAGAGGUGUGUGUCCGCUCAGAGGAGGCUCCAGGUCGGUCAGCAGCAGCAGCCUCCCCGCGGUAGAGACCCUUAUCCCCGCAGAGAGGAACCUGAUUCUCCGUCUCUCUCUGGUUCUUCACCGGUCUUAAGGUUCUCGAUCCACUUUUCUUUUUCCAUCAUUAUUUUUCCACCCUGUGAAUAAUCCUCCAUCUUCCGCGGAGAAAUACAAACUUCAUACGGCACACGGAGCUCCGCAGCCCGGUCACCGGGGAGGACGCAGAUCGGACACCGAGCACCGAGCCCUCGUUUGUCCGCUUGACGCUGCGAGGAAAGCGGAAGGAGGAAAACCGAAGCCUCGCUGUCAGCUCCGGGAGGAAGAGGAGGAUUUAACCGGGAGAGGAUUUAACCACCGGGGGAGAGUUCACGAUCUCCAAGGUGCCACGGGACUCCUGAGCCUCUGAGGCCCGAGACAAAGGCGAGGGGAAGAGGCCGAGUGAAGCCGAGGGACGGGGGGACAGACGAGGACAAAAGAGGAGGAGGAGCAGAAGAAAGAGGGAAGAUUCCUGCUUGGCGCCAGGCCGGGAGGAGAAGAAGAGGAAGGGAAGGAGAUUUGAAAGGAAGGAUUUGCUCUAUCUGUCGGGGGUGCAUGCCCCCCCCUGAGUCCCCCCCCACCACUUGGAUAUCCUCCUCCUUAUUUUGGUUUCUGCGUCAGUGACGGGACGACACCAGGUGAAGAAUGCACAGUGAACUGAAGGGAAGCCUGGACGUGAGGCUCCCCAGGACUAGAGGCCUCCUGCUGGGCCUCCUCCUCGCCCUGCUGGCCUGUCUCCACCCGGCCGUCAGCGCCGAGGUGGAGAUCGACGUGCUGAUGGAGACGGGGGGCCGGGGCGAGCUGGAGGCCUCCAUGCACUCCUCCAUCCUCCGGGACUUCCAGGAGGUGACGGAAGGUAUCCGGGAGAUGGAGGCUGCUGCCAAAGAAACUCAGCAGGACGUGGCCCCGCCCACCGCCUUCCCAGACUCCUCAGUGGUGGUGGGUCGGAUCUUCCAGAUGAAGGUGCCGAACAAGAUGGAGGAUGUUUACCUGGGUGACAUCAUCAAGAUCACUGAACUGGGAAAGGAUUCCCUCCCAGCCUGGCUGCACUGGGACGCCGGCUCCAGGAUCCUGCAGGGGCUUCCUCUGGACGAGGACAAAGGCGUCCAUUACAUCUCCGCGUCCAUCUCCAACCACACAAAGUCCUCGUCUUCCGAGGUGUUCUCCAUCGAGGUUCACCCUGAAGACCACCCGGAUGCAGACGCAGCCCAGCUGUCGUCCAACCAGGCCACGGCUGAGGAGGACGCCCGGCCCUUCGCCUGUGGGAACGAGGAGCCGGUCACGGUGCUGACGGUGAUCCUCGACGCUGAUCUGACCAAGAUGAGCUCAGAGCAGAGGGUGGAGCUGCUGGACGACAUGAGGAGCUUCUCUGGGGUGGGGCUCCAGCACAUGAAGAUCCUGCCCGUGGUCAACAACCGGCUGUUUGACAUGUCUGCGUUCAUGGCCGGGCCGGGGAACGCCAAGAAGGUGGUGGAGAACGGAGCUCUGCUGUCCUGGAAGCUCGGCUGCUCCUUGGACCAGAGCACGGUGCCCAACAUCUACAGUGUCCAGGGCCCGGCCAAGGAGGGCACCAUGUCGGCCCGGCUGGGCUACCCGGUGGUGGGCUGGCACAUCGCCAACAAGAAGCCCCACGUCCCGAAGAGGGUGAGGCGCCAGCUGAACAACACGCCCACGCCGGUCCUGGCUGUGCUCCCCCCCACCACCGUGGUGGAGCCCCCGGUGAGGAUUGUCCCCACCCUCUCCUCCCCCUCUAUCGCUGCACCAACUGAGAGCUCCGCCCCCCCUGUACGAGGCCCCGUCCCCCUUCCGGGCAAACCCACCAUCAGAGUCCGUGACUCCAUCGCCCACACUCCGACCUUGGGACCUCCUCAACCAACGAGGGUGAUGGAGAGCAGCAGCACGAUUCCCAUCCAGCCAACCAUGACCAGGCCCACGUUCGUGGAAGCCACAGCCACACCCCCCACGCCUACCAGAAGACCUACCAAGAAACCUAAGAGGCCUAAAUCCACACCGGUGCCCAGAGAGCCAAAGACCUCGACAGCCAAGCCGGCCGCACGCACCACCCCAGCACCGGGUGUCAUCGUGGAUCCAUCCAAUCACAAGCCGAGCCUGAAGAACCCCCUGGACCAGGUCAAUGCGUUGGUGGGAACCUACUUUGAGGUUAAGAUCCCGCUGGACACGUUCUUCGAUUAUGAGGACGGCACAACCGACAAGCUGCGUCUCACCCUGAGACAGAACCACAACGAGGUGGUGGGCGAAGGCUCCUGGAUCCAGUUCAACACCACCAGCCAGCUGCUCUACGGCCUGCCGGACGCCCCCCAUGUGGGCAAACACGAGUACUUCAUCUAUGCAACGGACAAAGGAGGCCUGAAUGCGAUCGACGCCUUUGAGGUGCGUGUGAACCGCUGGCCCUACAAUGACAAGACCCCGGUGGUCUUCACAGCCCGGUUCGAUGGAGCGCCACAUUCUGUAACGCACGACAUCCACAAGAAGAUCCUCCUGGUGAAGAAGCUGGCCUACGCCCUCGGGGACCGCAACAGCAGCACAGUGAGUCUGCUGAACAUCAGCAAAGGGUCCAUCGUGGUGGAGUGGACCAACACCAGCCUCCCCCAGCAUCCCUGUCCCCGGGAGCAGCUCCUGGUCAUGAGCAGAACACUCGCCAACAGUGAUGGAAGGCCCUCGCAGACCUUCAGGUACGCCAUGGAGCCGGAGUUCAGACCUCUGGAUGUCAACGUCAAAGGAAGAGCAAGCUGCAGGAAGUUCUCCUUCGUGCCACCAGGGGAGGUGGAUCUACCCGAGCCUCCAGCCGUCACCCCGGCUGUGGGGGCCGGCCGUCAGAGCACAGACGACGUCUAUCUCCACACGGUCAUUCCUGCUGUGGUGGUCGCCGCCAUUCUGCUCAUAGCAGGGAUCAUCGCCAUGAUCUGCUACAGGAAGAAGAGGAAGGGCAAGCUGACCAUCGAGGACCAGGCCACCUUCAUCAAGAAAGGCGUGCCCAUUAUCUUUGCGGACGAACUCGACGACUCUAAGCCGCCUCCCUCUUCCAGUAUGCCCCUGAUCCUGCAGGAGGAGAAGCCCCCACUCCCCCCCCCCGAGUACCCCAACAUGGCCACGCCAGAGACCACGCCCCUCAACCAGGAGCUGCUGGGGGAGUACACCGCCCUGCAGGACGACGACCCCAACGCCCCCCCCUACCAGCCACCACCUCCCUUCUCCACUCCCAUGGAGGGCAAGGGCUCCCGGCCCAAGAACAUGACCCCCUACAGAUCCCCCCCGCCCUACGUGCCGCCCUAAGACCAGCUCCCGCCCCCCCCCCUCGCCGGGCGGAGGGAGAGGAUGCCUGAGGAACUGAGACGUUUCCAUUCUGGUGUCUGUCUGGACUUUUACAGGGAGAGAUGACAAGAGGUGCUAAAGUACAAAACAGCUACAAGGGGUUUGGGUUGGGGGGGGGGGGGGUCAGGGUUUUACAGUGGACUCGUGGGACGAUCAGUUGGAGCAGCUGGGAGCGACCAGUGCUCGCCCAGCUGCUCAGUGGCCUGAGACAAACACACUCUGGUCGGCACUGGCUCUCGGGUCGACCAGUUGGUCAGAAGACACUGGGAGACGUGCGCUCCCAGUAUCCCAGCAGCAGCUCACUUUGUUCUUCUGUUCAUUUGGAUACUUACUUUUAUUUUUCAUUUUUGUUUUUCAUCUCUAGCCCGAGAUCAUCAGUUUUUCUUUUUUUGGGGGGGGAUGAAUCAUUUGCCUAACAACUCUUUGGUCCUGGUUUGAAAUAAUCCGAGGAGACGGCGGCCUGGUGGCAGCUCGUACGGACUCGGGUAUCGAACCCCCGGCAGGAGACACGAGAGGACGGGCGGAGUGUGUGCACGUUUGAAUGAGUGUGUGUGUUUAUUCAGAUUCAGAACGGUUUGCCUUUUAACACUAGUUGUCUAUUUCUAUCCUUAUUCACGAUGUCUAGUAAAGAUGAGAAUAACAUGGUAGCCUAAAAAAGAUUUAGAUUUAAAUAUGAAUUUCUUUGUUAUAUUGGUUUUUAAAAUUCACUGUAUAUCUGGAGGAAGUCCUGAGAGCUGGUGCUGUGUGUUGGGUGGCGGAGGAAAGGGAUCGACCUGAGGAGAUUCUUUAUUCCUGUUUAUUGAAACAAUUCAUCGAUAAUUAUAGAUGAAAAAACACCUUUUAAUGGUAAAUUAAUAAUUUAAAGGUAAAUCAGGAUUGAAACGUGGAUGCAGAAUAAAUAACGAAUCAUAUUCAGUGACGUGAACAGAGUCACAGUUAUGAUCUGAACGGGGGGGAGGAGCUCCAGGUUUAUCUUGAUCAAGUGUUAAUUAUUUUUUUAUGAAUGAGGAAGGUUCCUCUUUGUGCCAUGGAGGGAUUGUACAGAUGCUCACGUUUCAAAGGUCAAAGGUCGGAGGCAGAAAGACAGAACCACACAUUUCUAGAAAUUAGCGAUCAAAGAAAAUCUCCCUCUAAUUUUCUUAAUUUAAAUUUUUUACAAAGUUUUUGAUACAGCCUCCAAUUGUUUGAUUAUUGAAAUAAAACCUGAUUAAUGAUUAGUCUUCUGUGAUUUUGUAAAAUCUUAGACUUAUGAACUAUGAUUCAGUUAUGUACACUUUCUUUUCGUCAUGGGUCACAUGAUUCAAGUGUUUUAUUUUAUCGUGUGUGUUUGCAUAUCGAAAUGUAUCUCCCAUUAUACACAGAAGGAAUGACCCAUGUUUUAUGUAAUCACAAAGUUUUAUUUUGAUGUCCUUAUGUUUGCUGAUGAGAUGAAAAUGACCCUUUGCAAUAAUAAUGGGAGUCGGCUCCGCGGCUGGUCGGUGCCAGGGACUCGUGUUUCAUAACCUCGUGGGUUUUGCCGGAUGCCAAGGCUUUUGCUUUUCAAGUGUGCAUUGUCAUAAUAAAACCAACUGGUACGAUAAGAAACUGG